AUGGCGCCCGUCGCCACCGCAGACUCGGCAACUGGCCCAUCCCCCUCGCCACUGUCCGCCGUCCCCGUCCACGCCGCAGUCGAUCCGCCCAAACCCACCCCGCUCACCCGCUUCGACUACCACGCCUCUCCCUACUGGAACUCGCAAUGCCCCCUCAUCAUCGACAACGGCUCCUCGGAGCUCCGCGCAGGCUUCUGCCACGCAGAUCCCUCGGCCGCAGCAGACGUCAUUGCACGCGGUCCGCCCUAUCACUACGACAACCUCGUCUCAAAGGUGCGCGACCGCAAAAAGAACCUCACCCUCCUCCUCGCCGGAAACGACGUCUACGCAGACGGCCUCACCCGCGGCGCAAUCCGCAGCCCCUUUGACAACGACGUCGUCUGCGGCUGGGACGCAAUGGAGACCAUGCUCGACUAUACCUUUGCCAACCUCGGCAUCGACACCGAACGCGUCCAACACCCCAUCUGCAUGACAGAGACCCUCUGCAACCCGGCCUACAGCAGGAGCAUCAUGAACGAGCUCAUGUUCGAGGCCUACGACGUUCCCUACGUAAACUACGGCCUCGACUGCCUCUUCAGCGCCUACCAGAACGGCGUCGGCGACGAUGCGCUCGUCGUGUCCAGCGGCCACAACAGCACCGUCGUCGUACCCAUGGUCGCUGCAAAGGGCGUCCUCACAAAUGCAAAGAGGCUGAGCUGGGGCGGCGCCCAGGCCACCGACCUCCUCUUCCGCCUGACGCAGCUCAAGUACCCCGGCUUCCCAACCCGGGUCACUGCGUGGCAGGCCCGCGACAUGCUCGAGGAGCUCUGCUACGUCUCGACCGACUAUGCCGCCGACAUCCGAGGCAUGGAGAUGAUGCCCUCGGCCUUUGGCCCAACGUCGUCCGACCCGAGCGCCUCAACCUCGUCUUGGACCGCCAUGGAAAAGGCCGACGUUGUCGUCCAAUUCCCCUACCUCGACGCCGUCCCCGCGCAAAAGUCCCAGGAGGAGCUCGACGCGCAGGCGGAGCGGCGAAAAGCCGCCGGGCGGCGCCUGCUGGAGCAGACGCGCAAGAUGCGCCUCGAAAAGAUGCUGCAGAAGGAAAACGACCUCAAGUACUACACGCAGCUCAAGGAGUGGAAGGGCAAGGAGCGCAAGGCCGAGUACAUGAAGCGCCUCGAGUCCGAAGGCUUCAGCAGCGAGCAGGAGCUCGAGGCCACAAUGAAGAAGAUGGAGGCUGCGCUCAAGCGGUCGCGCGCAAAGGAGCUCGGUGAGGAGCUCGAGGAGGAGAAGCAGGAGGAGCCCACCUUUCCCCUUGUCGACGUGCCCGACGCCGAUCUGGACGAGGAGGGGGUCAAGGAGAAGCGGCGGCAGCGGCUGAUGAAGGCCGGCCACGACGCGCGCCUGCGCGCCAAAGCAGAAAAGGCUGAAGAGAAACGGCUGCGAGACCUCGAGAUCCAGCGCGACGAAGACGAGCGUAUCAACGACCCCAAGGCGUGGAGCGCGAGGAUGCGCAAGGACUACGACGACGCCAUCGACCGCAUCAAGGAGCGCAAGCGGCUCAAAGAGAUGCUGUCGGACCGCAAGUCGCUGGCGGCCCAGCAGCGCAUGAAGAACAUCACCGCACUCGCCUCGGACUCACCCGGCGGCAGCGGCGCCAACACGCCCGGCGGAAGCGCACGCAAGCGCAAGCGCGGCGGCGACGAGGACACAUUCGGAGCCGACGACGACGACUGGGCCAUCUACCGCGAGAUCCAAAACGCCGACGAUUCGGAAGAGGAGGAAGACUCGUUUGCCCAGCUGGCGGCCAUCGAGCAGCGGCUGCUCCAGUCUGACCCAACGUUCACCGUCGAGGAGACGUACGCGGCGCGGUUGGCGCGCAAGAACCGGCUCACAUUGACCUUCUUCAACGGUCCGGGCGGCGGGGACGAGGCAGCCAUCGGUUCAGACCUCCAGGCCCAGGCGGCGGCGGCGGCAGCGGGGGCGGGGGCGGGAGCGGGGGGCAAAAAGGGAGCACAGGACAAGGAUGCGGCGGACAAGAACGAGUCGGACCCGGAGACGAUCAAGCGGGCACACCAGCUGCACCUCAACGUCGAGCGGAUCCGCGUGCCCGAGGUGCUCUGGCAGCCGGGCAUCGCCGGCGUCGACCAGGCGGGACUCGACGAGAUCUGCGCCCACGUCCUCAACGGCUUCGAAGUCGACACGCGCGCCAAACUCAUGAAGAACAUCUUCUAUACGGGCCGACACACCCUCUACCCCAACUUUGGCGCGCGCCUCAGCUCGUCGAUCCGCGCCACCCAGCCCGCCUCGCUGCCCAUCUACGUGCGCCCCGCCAAAGACGCCCGCUUCGACGCCUGGCGCGGCAUGGCGCGCUGGUGCUCGACCCAAAACGACGCCUUCCGCUCCACGGCCAUCUCGAAGCGCGACUACGAGGAAAAGGGCCACGACUACUUUAUCGAGCACCCCUUCAGCGCCAACUGGUCGGCCUGA